UUUUUAGGAGUCCAAAACUCGCCUUUUUUCUUAAACCCCUCCUUUCAAUAUCCCCUAAACCUUCUUCCACUGAGCUGUCUCCAAAGGCUGAGUAUUGAACUUUUGUGACAAGAGCUUAUUGGGUGAGUUACAGACAGAGUCAUCGUCAUUUCACUCUGCGAGAAAAGAGAUGUGGUUAUGAAAAUUUAAGUUAUUUAGGGGAUAAUACCGGGGAGAACAUGGCCAUAAUUGAAUCAAUUGCAAAUAUUCCUUUUCAAGACCCGCUUAAGGAGGAAUUCUGUUCUGCUGACUUGACUUGGACGAAGUUUGGCAACGCUGAGCACCAUGAUGAUGUUGCCCUUAUUCCUUACGAGCGAGUUGAUUCUUUUAUGAUUGGUGAAUGCUCGAAUGUAGAAUGCCCGACGCAAUUUCAUAUUGAGAGAGCAAGAAGGCGAUCAUUGGGCAGCUUGAAAGAGUACAAGGAUGAUGAAUAUCUGGAGUACAGGCUGUACUGGUGCUCCUUUGGUCCGGAAAAUUAUGGGGAAGGUGGGGGUAUAUUACCUAGUAGAAGAUAUCGGCUUAAUACUCGAAAUCGUGCCGCUAGACCUCAAUCAAUGCGGGGUUGUACCUGUCACUUUGUUGUUAAACGUCUUUAUGCUCGUCCAUCACUUGCACUUAUCAUAUACAAUGAGAGGCGCCAUGUUAACAAGUCAGGUUUUGUCUGCCAUGGGCCACUUGACAGAGAUGCCAUUGGACCUGGUGCCAUAAAAGUUCCUUAUAUAUGUAAUGAGAUUCAGCAGCAAACAAUGUCUAUGAUUUAUCUGGGCAUUCCUGAAGAAAAUAUAUUGGAGAAACACAUUGAAGGAAUUCAACGUUAUUGUGGUUCUAAUGCAAAAGUCAAUAACCUUGCCUCUCAGUAUGUCCACAAACUAGGAAUGAUUAUCAAAAGGUCUACCCAUGAGCUGGACCUUGAUGAUCAGGCCAGCAUUCGCUUGUGGAUUGAACGAAAUAAGAAGUUUGUAUUUUUUAACCAGGACACUUCAGAGUCAGAUCCUUUUAUCUUGGGAAUCCAAACAGAAUGGCAGUUGCAGCAAAUGAUCCGGUUUGGUCACCGUAGUAUUGUUGCAGCUGACUCAACCUUUGGCAUUAAAAGACUUAAAUAUCCUUUGUUCACACUACUUGUUUUUGAUUCAAGACAUCAUGCACUGCCUGUUGCAUGGGUCAUCACACGUAGCUUUGCGAAGCCUGAUGUGUCAAAGUGGCUGAAAGCAUUGAUUGCUCGAGCUCAAAGUGUUGAACCUGGCUGGAAAGUCAGUGGACUUUUAAUUGAUGAUGCAGCUGCUGAUAUAGAUCUUUUGAGAGAUAUAUUUUGCUGCCCUAUCUUAUUUUCACUUUGGCGUGUUCGGAGAUCAUGGCUAAGAAAUAUUGUCAAGAAAUGCAGUAGCAUUGAGGUUCAGCGAGAGAUUUUCAAACGUCUUGGGACUAUCGUAUACAGCAUAUGGAGUGGAGUUAAUACAUCUGUCGCCUUGGAACAAUUCAUCAUGGAUUUUGUUGAUCAAACUGCUUUCAUUGAAUAUUUCAAAGCCUCCUGGCUACCCAAGAUUGGAAUGUGGCUUUCAAUGAUGAGAACUCUUCCACUAGCAAGUCAAGAAGCUUCUGGUGCCAUAGAAGCAUAUCAUAUGAAACUGAAGGCCAAACUUUUUGAUGAUUCACACCUUGGAGCACUUCAAAGAGUCGAUUGGUUGGUGCACAAGUUAACAACUGAACUCCAUUCAAGCUACUGGCUUGACCGAUAUGCUGAUGAAAGUGAUUCUUUCCUGAAUGUAAAGGAGGAAUAUAUUGCUUCCACAUCGUGGCAUCGAGCAUUACAAAUUCCUGACUCUGCUGUUACGUUGGAUGAUAAGGAUGGCCUGUUUGCAAGUGUUGUAAGUCAGAAAGACAGCACUUUAAGACAUUUGGUGUGGAAUCCUGGAUCAGAAUUUGCAUUUUGCGAUUGCUCUUGGUCACUGCAAGGUAACCUUUGCAAGCAUGUAAUCAAGGUGAACAUAAUGUGUGAAAAUGGCCAAGGUUCUCAACCAUCCCUGUCUUUUCUAUCAUUUAAAGAGGUUUUGAUGGAUCUAUGGACAAAACCAAGGGACGAUUCAGUUGCAUUGGAUCUGUCAAUGGCUUGGACCCACCAAAUGCUAGAUCAAAUCCAAAAACUUGUUGAACUGAAUAACUCUAAUGAUAUUGGUGUGGUGGUGAAAAAUAUGCCUUUGAAAUGGGUUUCCAAAAAAGGUAGAACCUACCAAGGCAAACGAUCAUUACCUUUGGCUCUUCCUCCUAGUAGCAAUAUUGCAGAAAUUGGUGUUACUCGUAGGAAGAGUCGGAAACGAAAAAGAUUGUCACGAAUAAGAUGAUCACUUUGGUUGGACCAUAUAAAAUUUGUUCUGGGAUAACCCUGGCCAAUUAACCAGAUUUCAUCCUAAGAAUAUUUUACAGCUUUCAACUAUCAGACUUCCUAGCUGUUGGAUUUUGUCUUCAAAGUUGUAGCAUUUACCAGGAUUCAGUUGUUGCUAUAAAUAUACAAGAACAUGACCAAUACUCACAGAUAAAUGGAGAAAACUAAAGGAAACUGUAUAUUUUUGUUGAGCCAUCAGACUAGGAAGUACUUUCAGGUGAUCGCCAAAGGUAGAGUAGCUGUCAAGAUAUCUUGUGCAUGGGAAGGCAUUCCUGCACCUCUUUUUCAGUCUGCAGUUUUUCAAAUCUGUAAGUGCAAAGUUCGCUGAGGACGAAAUAUUGUUAUUGAUUUAUACACGAGGAAUAUGUAUAUAGACUGAUUGUUUGCUUGGUUGAAAUAAAUUGGAAGAUUCAUGCCUUCUUUUUGGUAAGAAAGAUUCCAUGGUUUUUAGUGGUGAUAGGUUUGAGAUUAAUUCUUUUGAUAUAUCCAUAAUCCAUCCAUACAUGUGCUGCUGAUGGUGGCUUUGGUAAUUUUCAGUUUCUGAACAAGUACAAUAACACUGCAUCAGCUUCAAAGCAUGCUGCUGCGAGAAAAACGGUAACGAAUUUAGCCAUUUAGACACCAAUUAAGUGUAAACAUGUUUUAUUUUAUUGCCCUUCUAUUUUCACUGGAACCAAGCACAUCUGUAAAGUUUGACACCAUUGUAUUCGAAUUUUUUUAAUGCCCCAAUUUUCAGUUAAUUUCA